CAGUAAUCGUCCUUGGUAACUUGACUCUGUGAGGAAAGGGAAAGCAAAGCGAUCAGGCGGUAGAAAUGGAGAGCAAAAGGACUGGGAGGGUAGGCAAAAACGACCAGGAGACAUGGCGUGGCAACAUGACAAAAUAAGAGGACCUCAGUUUAACCCAAAGGAUUUCUAUGACGAACAAAGUCGAGGCUGAGGAGUCGAGCUGACUGUGUGUGUGUCUGUGUGUGUGUGGGAUUUUGAGUUCGCUCUGGUUUUUGUUCCUCCUCGUAAUCAGAGCAGACACAACGUUUGUGUUGGGCUGAAUCUGCAGAGAGAAGUGUGAGGCUAAAAACAGUCUGACAGGAGAAAAGGUAAAAAGCAAGUGACUUCUUUGACGGGCAUUCAUUGGAGGCUUUACUUGUUUACAGUCGGGAUUAUCACACUGCUUAAGUUACAUUGGCGUGUGGCGUGUCCAUUGUUUAGCAGCUAAUUUUCAGGGCACUGUUGGCGAGUGGCAGCAAAAUCACUAAAAAUUGUAUUUUUUCUUGCUCGAAGUGACACGAUGUUACUGUGGUGUGAUGGCGCAGCGACAUGCAUGAUUAACCGGCCAUUCAUCAAUUAGAGUCGCUUUGCUAAUGUUAGCUGCUUCCAUGAGAAAUGUUGGGGUGCCACAUGGGGCUCUGUUGUAACCUACCUGUCAGCAGCGGAGGUCCUGCCUGGACAUGCCCCUGGACACGAGGCUGCUGCUCUGGGCGGAAAUAACUGUACCAACAUUAAAACUAGGCUGUUAUUAAAACACACUUAUGAAAUCACAACACAGCAGCUUGUGUGUCAGUACUAGUCCGUGUCCUUUGGUUUUGCAUUUGAGCAAGCUUUGAAAACUACCAUCAAAAUGUCACUGAAGUUGUCAGAUCUAAAAACAUGCUCAAUAAAUGAGUCAGUGAACCUUUUCUUUGAUUCAACUGCAUUUGAUUGUUCAAGGAGUAGGGCUGGGCGAUAUGGGAAAAGGUUUAUCACAAUAUAUUUUUUUAUAUAUCAGUCGAUAACGAUAUGUAUCACAAUACAAAACAUGAAACUUAACAGUGCUUAUUGGUAGCAUGCUUUUUGCAAUUCAAUAAGCUAUUGCAUCUGUGAGGUCUUUAUGUCACUUAGGCGUUUUGUCAUGAGGCGUUGCGCUCAAAAAAGUGGACUGAAUGGUCGGCUCUUUCGGCUGCACAGGCGCCAUGGGCUCCUUGCCUUUUGCAUUACGCGUGCUCUGCCGUGUGGCACUGCUUCAGGUGGUGAAAAAGAUUUUAGGUAUUCCCGACUUUGUGAGAACAUGUUCCUGACAUAAUUUGCAGUGCACAUUAAUCUGAUACAUGUCCGAUCUCAAAAAAACAAAAUACUUCCACACCACUGACGUUUUCGUGCCAGUGUCGAUAAUGUUAUCUUCGGUCGAGCCUUCAUCUGCAUUUUUGAUGGGGGUAGCGCUCAUUGUCUUUUGUCCUCACCAGACAGUGCUGUCAGCUUCACGUGUUAAAGUGCUAUGGUUGCGUGUAGUUGCAGCCCGCUACUACGCAGUUAUUUGCUACUUGGUUGUAAUUCAGCACUUGAUUGGUUCAGCGCGAAAUGGACCUGGAGCAACUCUCCUUUUCAUUGGCUAUUCGUAUAGUCUACCAAAACAUAGCGGAAUGCAGACUAUUGGAAAGGAUAUUGACCGUGUUUUAUAUUGACAUUGAGGGAUAUUAAUUUUUAUAUACAUGUCGUUGUUUUAUCGCCCAGCCCUACCAUGGAGUAUGGUUUUGGGAUAUAUGCAAAAAAGAAAAACUAAAGUGUGUGAAGUCUGGUUCAUUCUAACCCUUCAUGGCUCAGUUUUGAUGAAUAUCUUCCCUUGUGUGCUCAGGUAACUCAGUAUGAGUCGAGAUGGGUGGAUGAAGAAGAGAGCCAAUGCCAGUGGGGACAAUGGUUGGGCUGAAAGGGUAAGUACUCAUCUUGACAUGACCAACAAGCCAUGGCAGGAAUUAUUGCAGCAGCACUGAGACGUUAAAGCUCAUAUUAAGUCUGCUAGAUGUGUAUUACAGUGCACAGCAACAUGCACAACAAUAUUUUAUACUCUUUUAUUACAGCUGUUGUCAAAGUAACUGCCUUCUGAAUAUAUUCGCAUAGUGUUAGAUGUGUAACUGCCUCAUUGAACCUUUUUUUUGUCAUUGUCAAUUGCCUAAAAAAAUUCUCACAACCCCUUUAAUUUAUGAGGACUGUGUGCAUGCAUGCAUGAUUUUAUGUAAAGUGGCCAACCAUCAGACUUUUGGCUUAACACUUUAAGAUAAGAUGCAAACAUAACUUGCAGUAUGCACGAGAAAAUCAUUGCUAAUGUUUAUUUAUUUAUUUUUGCCUGUCACUGCUCUUCUUGUCUACAGGGCGGCUACAUGGCAGCCAAAGUUUCUAAGCUGGAGGAGCAGUUUAGAAUCGACGCCCCCAGAGAAAAGCAGAAGGAUGGCUCAUGCACGGAUAUUUUCAGUGGCGUGGCAAUCUAUGUCAAUGGUUACACAGGUAAUCUGAUGCUAAGUUACAUAGAUUCUGUUGCAUAAAUGUAGUAUGUCCUCAGCAGAGUGAAUUACAACAGGAGUAAUAUUGAUGUUCUCCAGAGUUGGUGCUAAAUUUAUAACUGUCAGGCUUGGCUGCUCAGAACAUUACAGCAAGAUGAUUAAUGGCAUGAAUGAAACCAAAAGGGGUUUCUGAUCCAACUUGUGUUCUGUUCUCUGACCUGGUGGUCAUCAGAUCCAAGUGCAGAUGAGCUGCGUAGACUGAUGAUGCUGCACGGUGGCCAGUUCCACGUCUACUACUCUCGCUCCAAGACCACCCACAUCAUCGCCACUAACCUGCCAAACAGCAAAAUCAAGGAGCUGAAGGGGGAGAAGAUCAUCAGGCCGGAGUGGAUCACUGACAGGUCUGUGGAGUGAGGGUUGAUUUUCCAAGUUUCUGUAUACGUUGAAAUUCACAGUGUUGUCAUUGUUUUUUGUGUUCAAACAGUAUCAAGGCUGGGUGCCUCCUGCCCUACCUGCAGUAUCAGCUGUACGCCAAACAGAAAGGCCUCCUUUUCCCCAGCGUGACCCUGCGCCAGAACUCAGAGAUCCCUGGACCCAGUCGUCAGCUGAGCCAUCAAAAGCUCCAGCCGGCACAGCGCAGCAUUCAGCACUCAGCCAUCAACAAUGAGCAAUCAUCCAGCUGCCAAAGUAACUCCAUCUCCAACUCUGGCAACAUACGACUUCACCAAGGCAACAUCCAACCUCAGCCCGUCCCGCAAAGCUCCACAACUCGCUCCUUCAACCCUAAACCAAGUCACUUAGCACCCACUCACCUCAGUGCAGACCCCAAGCACAAAAGCUCUUUAUACACCUUCACGGUUCCCUCCACGCCCCCACGGAGACCCCUUCAGACUUCUCUACAAGCACCUCAUCCUAAUCUCCAGCACCAGAGAGCCGGCCAACCACAACCUCAGAUUAACUCUACAUGCAACAGUGCCCUCAGCAGCUGCAAACAAGAGGGAGUCAAAAUGUGAGUAAGGGGAGCUCAUCAAAGGAGCGAGUCAGUUGUUUUGUAGAGCAAGUUUUGUGCAUGGUUAAAUACUGUCUUGUUUAGAUUAGAUAUAACUUUAUUGAUCCUUUAGAGAAGGUUGAAAAUCAAUUAUUAUCAAAGACGAUGUCUCUUAUUCUUUUCUUUGACUUUCAGAAAUGGAUCAUUGCAAACCUCAGUGGACCGGAUGAGCCAUUCAAAACUGAACGAAAUGCAAGAGUGUGGCAAAGAAGAUCCUCUCCAGCGGGUGGUAAAAGAAACACCCCUGACCAACGGACACGCUCACCUUCAUAACAGUGCCUUAAAGCCAGAGGAUCUGUCCCCUGUUACAGAUCCAACCUCUGUCGACAUGGAACAGCCUGAAUGCAGAGCCAAGACUCCUCCAGGACCGUAUCAGACCAAACCUGACCCCUAUGAGUUCCCCCACAGUCCUCCAAAGCUAUCCGAUUAUUCUCCUGAACUUCUGGAGCAAUCCCUCUCACCGGGAGACAAUAAGCAGAGACAUAAACCUUCAACUCCCACCAAUCAGGGAGCAGUCAACACUCACCAACUCCCAAAACAGCCCCAGUCACCCUAUCAAGUUGACUCAAACUCUGAGGAGACACCCCACUCAUCCACAUCUUUUCUACAUGCUCCACCUCGACUGAAUGGAAGCUACCAUAAUGCCUUUUCAUCACACUCCACCUCACUGAACACUACCAACACCACCGCCAAACCAGAUCCUCCCUCUGAAAAGACGCCGUCGUCCAAGUCCUCAGCGCAGCUGCUGGCACAGACAGGCGGUUUGAUCUCUGAGUACUACUCUCACUCACGUUUACACCAGAUCUCCACAUGGAGGUCAGGCUUCUCCGAGUACGUCAAUGAGCUGCACAGCAAACGGAAAACAGCAGGGGGCGCCUCAUUUCCUGGGAAAGACAGACUGAGGAAAUCUUUGGCCCAGCGCAUGACCGACAGUCAAGGUAGGAAAAGGGGGAUCACAUUAUUAUUGUCUCCUCUACAACCCCGAUGCAGUAAGAGUUUGGAGGAUAUAAACUGGCCAUGAUGUGGGCUCUGAUGGGAAGUUGGGUGGUCAAGGGGGAGGAUGUGGCAUCAUCCAUAUUUCCGAAGUGAAGGUCAAAUUUUGAUUCAUCAGAUCACUCAGACAUUUCUUCUUUGCUUCAGUCCAUCUUCAGAUAACUGCUUUUUGGUGUGAUUUUGAACCCAUGCGGUGAUUUCCACUUCAGAGUCAGUCUGGUUUCUUGAUACAGUGCCUCCCAAUGACCUGAAGAUCACAGCCAUCUAGUAUCAGUUAUCAGCCUUCUCUCUUUUGUUCAGAGAUGUCCUCUGAUUCUUUGAAUCGUUUAAUGAUAUUAUGUGCUGCAGAUGAUGAAAUAUUUAAGAUUUGCAGUUUUAUGCUCAGGAACAUUAUUCUGGGAUUGCUGAACUGUUUCCUCGCCCAGUCUCUCUGAGCUGGGAACCUCUCCACACCAACAUGUCUGAGAGACUUCGCCUUUCUUGAGUGCCCUUUUUGAAACUGGUCAUGUUGUUAACCUUUUGGAAAUAGCAGGUGUUUUUUUUUAAGCAUUGCAUAAAUUUCUCUGUGUUUUGUGGUCCCUGUUUGAUGGAAAAAAGAGCAUUUACAGUGUUAAUCAAUAAGUCAUAACAUUUUUUUAAAUUAUUCGGUUUUAUUUGAUUUAUUGUCUUUGUCCUGUAUUGAUUAAUUGUAAGCUUUGAGUGAUUGGUAAACCUGUUUUUAUUCAAAAGUCCCAAAUCUUAUGGAGCUGAGGUUGUUAAUCAUCAUAUCUUUCAUUAUUAACUAAAAAGAGUAUUUUGUUUCAGCCACUGUAGUACACAUACAACCUCUUUAUGUUGAAUUGAGGAUGCAUAUGUCACUAUUUAGUGCUUUUGAAAAGUCUGUUUGUAAUUUUAGGAGAACUUGACUCUAACAAUCUGCUUUGUGUUUGUUUUUGUGGUCAGGUACGUCAGCAUCCACAAAUCCCAAGUCUUGUAUUUUCCAUGUGGACAUGGACUGUUUCUUUGUGUCUGUGGGGAUUCGGCACAGACCUGAGCUCAAAGGUAAGGCUGUUAAAUUUAUUCUCUGCAGGUGAAACAUUUAGCUGUCUGCUGGAUAGUCUUCAAACUGUCAGAGCUCCUGGUUGAUGGUUAGUUUUUUUUUUUUCUUUUCCCCAGGGAAGCCUGUAGCUGUGACCAGUAACCGUGGACAGGUCAGAGUACCCCCGAGAUCUGGGGCCAACCCUCAGCUGGAGAUGCAGUAUUACCAGAAAAAACAAACUCAUCCUCAGCCUGGUGAGAUUUUCAUACCCCAGAUUUUGACCUCUGAGCCAGCACAUUGUGGCGCUCACAGAUCUUGUUCAGUAGUCGUAGCAUGUCUAAUCCUGUUCAUGCUUAACUUUUUAUCGAACAUGCUGGAUGUGAUGUCUCCUUUCAGAAAGUGAAGAUGGGGAUCUUUUCAGAACUCCUUCUCAGGAUAGUCCAGACUCUCAUACUAACGGAGUGGACCAGGAUGCUUCCACUCUCUCAAUGGCAGAGAUUGCAUCCUGCAGCUAUGAAGCAAGGUAAGAUUUUAAAGAAAACGUAUAAGUCAGAGCAAUCCCUGUAUCUUGUUCAAGGAGCAAUGCCUAUAGAUUUGAAAUCUUUUACAGGCAGGCAGGUGUGAGAAAUGGGAUGUUUUUCGGAAAAGCAAAGCAGCUGUGUCCUUCGCUGGUGUCUGUCCCGUAUGAUUUUGAGGCCUAUAAAGAGGUGGCCUUCACUAUGUAUGAAACUCUGGCUGGGUGAGAUCAACUUCCUGUAAAUUUUGUCGAUUAUUUUUCUGUUCUUCACAUGCAAAAUGAAUAACACCUCGCUUUCUUGUUUCGUUUCUUUUAAGUUACACUCAUGAUAUCGAGGCUCUGAGCUGCGAUGAAUUGUUAGUCGACGCUUCUGCGCUGCUGGCCGAGCUUGACAUCGCUGCAGAGGACCUGGCCAAAGUGAUCCGAGCUGACAUAAAGGAGAAAACAGGAUGCAGUGCCUCGGUGGGCAUGGGUGAGUUACUGUUCGUAUCAUUCAAUGACAGAAAAAAGACUGUGGUCACAUUUCGCCGACUACAACCAUCUGCUCUUUUGUUUAUUUGUUCAGGGUCUAACAUCCUGUUAGCUCGGCUGGCCACCCGAAAAGCAAAGCCUGAAGGCCAGUACUUCUUAAAGGGUGAAGAUGUGGAUGAUUUUAUCAGAGAUCUGCCAGUGACCAGCUUACCAGGUAGAUAUAGCUCCACCUGCUGGUUUGAGCCUCCAGUCUACAUGUUUCUUUUGUGGUAGAUAUUUGAUUCAUCGUUGUUUUCUUUUGUAGGUGUAGGGCCAGUCAUGGGCAGAAAACUGGCUGCUAUGGGUGUGAGGUCUUGUGGGGACCUCCAGCAGGUGUCUCUGUCUCAGCUGCAAAAGAAAUUUGGGCCCCGGACUGGACAGACCCUGUUUCGUUUCAGCAGAGGGCUGGACGAUCGGCCAGUCCGCUAUGAGAAGGAAAGGAAGUCUGUCUCAGCUGAGAUGAACUACAACAUCCGCUUUACAAAGGUGGGCUCACUUCUCUGUCUCCCAUGCUGCCUCCUUCUUCUUUGUACUUUACAUCUCUCUCUAAAUCUCAUGUCUGCUUUAUUCUGUGACCAGGUUGACGAGGCUGAGUGUUUCCUCUCUAACCUAUCCAUGGAGGUGCAAAAACGCCUACAAGAAGCUGGGGUGAAGGGUCGCAGAGUCACCCUCAAAGUCAUGGUUCGCAAGGUCGGGGCUCCACUGGAACCGGCUAAAUAUGGUGGUCAUGGCAUAUGUGACAACCUCGCCAAGUAAGACACAGACAUUGAUCCUUUCUGUUUGUUUUGUGUGUCAGAUAACACCCUCUUUCCUUACUCAUUUUCUUGUCUUUUGUUUUGUUUGUUUUUUUCGUCAGGACUGUGAUGCUGGCUCAGUCCACAGACAGUGGCGAGCUGAUCGCUGCCGCAGUCAUCAAACUGUUUCAUGGCAUGAAGCUGCAGGUUGAGGAUCUAAGAGGAAUCGGCAUCAUGGUUCAGCUCCUCGAGGGAAACUCUGUCACCCAGGACUCUGCCAGCUCUCGGACCCGAUCAAUCAAAGACAUGCUGGUCGGCCAGGGAUCGACUGCGAGAACCAGCAACAGAGGUUCGUGUUCUGUCUUUGUGUUCUUUGUGAUCAUCUCUUUGUUGUCGUUUUUGUUGUCACACUAAAAAUGGUCGUUACAGAUGCUGCAGACAACAACAAACAUCAUGAAAAGACUCCCUCAGCCACGGCACCAUCACUCGACUCAUUUCUGCUCCCUGCUGAGCCAGUGCCGGGGACGAGCAGGGACCAGCAGGUGCGCAGAGAAACUCCUAAGCAUCCUCGAACACGACUCAACUUCAGCAUCGAAGUCCCAUCCCCUUCACAGGUGAGGAUCGAAAGAGUGAUGUGACUGAUGCAGGAAAAGCUCAAACAUCCCACUGAUUUGGAGAAUCUGAUGAAAAGAAAUGGGAGAUUUUUUUUCUUUCUAGGUUUUUGGGGGUGUGCAAAAUAACCACGACAGAGUUAACAAUUUUGUGCUUUCCUCAUCUUGUGUCAUUUCCUGUCAUCUCAGGUGGAUCGCUCCGUGUUGGAGGCUUUGCCGAAAGAACUGAGGGAACAAGUGGAGCAGUCUUGGACCAACCGCGACAGAAAGCAGAGUAACCGUCAGUCUCCCAGUCCUCCUCCUCCUCCUCCUCCUCCACACCUGCCUCCCCUCAAAUCUCGUCCUGCCUCCCCUCCUCGUCCUCCUGCCUCUGUUUCUGCACUGUACUCUCCUCCUGUUGGCACGUUGGUCCUACAGAUCCCAAACCAGCCAGACGGUCCAGGGAUUGUUCUAGAGCUACCGAAUUUCUCACAGGUAAGGAUGGAGGCUUUUCAGAUUUUCAGACUUCGUUUCUUAAUCUACACUUGAGCAGUUUUAAAUUGCUAGUUAACCUCCUGGAUUGCAUUCUUAAUACACGAUUACAAUCACUUCUGAUGAUGCUGCUGCUUUGAUCAGCCGGUCUAUCCUGUGUACGGUACAUCUGUUGCAUGUCUGAUCAUCCCGUCUUUCUUUUUUGUCGAUUAAAAAGCUCCUUGUUUGUCAGUUUUGCCUUUUGUAAAUACCACACCAGUCUGUUAGAAGUCCAAGCUGCCAUUAAAUUUAGGAAUCCUGCAGUUGAAACACAGUCUGCAGCUUUUCAGAUGACUGAUGAUUGUGUAAAGUGUGAUUUAUUAUACAUGCCUCUGAAAAAUGAAUAUGUUGUCUUAAAGGCGCACCUUCAUCAGCAUGGUACAAGCUUUUUUCAUAUUUCAUGAAACAGAGCACAUUGUUUCUUCCCCUUUAUCUGCAGGUCGAUCCAGAUGUUUUUGCUGCUCUUCCCAAAGAGCUUCAGGAGGAGCUGAAGUCAGCCUACAACCAUGUUACAAACGUCCAGCCACAGGCAAAAAUAUGUAAGUUCCUCCAGAGUUAAGGUUUCAGGAAAGUUUCAAUGCUAUUAAAUAUUAAUUUUCAUGUUUAUGUUUUCUUAACGUAAAUUUUCUCUGUUGGCUUCUCAGCUGUGGAGCAGAAGAAUCCAUUGUUACAGCUCAAACAGUCAGGAGUAGGGAUCAGUAUUGGCCGUGUUAAGCGGCGCUACAAGAGGAAAAAUGCAGUGAGCCCGGCUAAAAAGGGUCCGUCCCCUCAGAAGAAGCGUCUCAUGACCAACAGUCCGGCCAAGACCUUACCACUUCCUGUAAAACCAUGGGAGACAGCGACCAUCGCCAAGGUGAGCAAAUAGUGUCAUGCUUUUAUGCAUAGUGUUUAUUUAGAGAGGGCAGUAUCUGAGCGUUGGUGAUUCAUGGCUGAACAAAAUUUCGUUUUUCUCUUCCCAGACUGAGAACUGUCCCUCUUCUUCAACCUCCAAAACUGACAACCCUGAGUCUCUUUCUAAAUUCGUCCCUCGCCCCGCUCCAGCGUUGGCAGGAGCCUGUGAGCUCGCUGAUAUAAAAACCCUCCUGCGGGAGUGGGUCACCACCAUCACAGGUACACAGUUAAAGAGCUCUGCUAUAACAGCAGUUUAAGUACAGAAUCUUGUAGAAGCUGGUCUAACAAGAGAAUUCUGUAAAAAUGGCUGAUGAUGCAUUUUUAGCUCUUUUUUUUUUUUUUUUUUUUUUUUGGAAAAAAAGGAACAACUUAUCCUCAUAUAUCAAAGGAUAUUUCUGGCUAUAUUUGCCAAACACAGGGUUAAAUUUGGUUGGGAAAAGUUGCUGCUGUUUCUGCUACAAGUGUAUUUAAUCACACCUUUCUUUUGUUAGAACCCAUGGAGGAGGACAUCCUGCAGGUGGUGAAGUACUGCACUGAUCUAAUAGAGGAUAAAGAUCUGGAGAGGCUGGAUCUGAUAAUAAAAUAUAUGAAAAGGUCAGUACUGCAUAGAAGUCCACCGUCCUCCUUUAUUUCUCUUUUCAUUAUUUUGUCCUUUCUUGACCUCUGAUCUGUCCUCUGCAGGAUCAUGCAGCAGUCUGUAGAGUCUGUUUGGAGUAUGGCUUUUGACUUCAUACUGGAUAACGUACAGGUGGUCGUGCAGCAGGCGUAUGGAAGCACCCUGAAGAUAACAUGAAGAUGGAGGAGUACUGUUCUCGCCGUGCGCUACCAUCUUACCGUCUUUGUUGAGCUACUUCUUCAAGGUCAUCUGUUUCAAAGCAUGUCAUCCUGAUGAUGAGUCUCCCUAUUUUCAUCCAUUCAUUUCAAACUCCUCUGCAAAUCUGCCUGGUGGUCAAACAGACUGAUGACUUGCCACAAGUAUGAGAAAGUCUUACAAGAGCCAUGACAGUAUUCAGUUUUUCUAAGUGCAGUGAGUUGUUUUGUAUUUGCUUUUUAUAGGAUGAGGUUCACGGACUGAAAGGCAGAAAAUAUCCUCAUAAAGAAAAAAAAAGCCUCAGAAAAGUAAAAAUUGUAGCAUCUUUUGCAAAAUCACAAAUUUUCAGGUGAAGUUCUCUCCCAAAACUGUAAGACUCAUUUUUGGAUAUAUAGAUUGUGAUUGUUCUUGAAAGGUUUUGGCAGGCAGCGACUGAUUAUUGAGAUCCAAGACCAGUUCCUGACUCAUUACCACGGUAGUUUUUCCCACUUCAUUAAGCACUUUUCCCUCCCUUGUUUGUCCCCUAGGUUUUAAAAACUCUCACAAGGGUGCAUUUUCAGCUUUUUAUUCAUUCAAGCAGUAAACGGGGUGUGUUUAACACAAUCAUCAUGCUCUGAUGUGAAGAUGCAGGAUGAUGCCAGAAAUUGUCGACUCAAAAUACCCUGCUAUCAGUAUUUUCUUUGGUGCUCCAUGCCACUUGUACUGAUCUGUGAAGAACUGACAACUACUGUGUCACCAAAAAGCAAACAGAAGACAGUCUGCUGUAGACAGUAGUGUGUUUUUUUUUCUUCUCUCUUUGCAAAAAAGUGCCAAACUGUUAUUAAAGUGUGUAAAUAAUGUUUUUUAAAGAAACAUGGUCAAAGUUUUAAAGAAAAAGAUGUAUGUGGAGGGUUUUCCUCUUGUAUUGUUUACAUGUAGUGAACUCUUAGUAAUCGUCUAUAAAAUUGUAAAUCCUCUCACUCUUUCACUGUUUCUAAGUGUGACAACAUGGGCAUCUCAAUCUGGCCAAAGCACUUCAUGUGAGGUUAACUGUUGAUUCUCAGUAGCACUCAGAGUCAUGAGGAUGUUGACAGGCAAUCAACAAGUAGCCUAUGCAUUUCGUUUUUUUCCUCUAACAAGCGAGAUGUCCCUUCAAGAUCAUGUAACGUUUCAUACUGCCUUUGUAUCUGGGGUAAAGUUUGGUUUUCUAGCGUGUUUUAUUAACCCGUUUCACAAAUUUGAAUCUUCAAAUAAUGCUGGAUCUGUACAGGAAGUGUUGAUCUGAUUUUUUUUAAACUCUGAAACCUGUCCUACGUUCAUGCUUACUUCACACAUUGAGGACAUUUGUGGCUGCGGUAUUGUAUCGAUGAAGUUGACUCUAUGAUCGGUGAUGAGAAGGACUCAGCUGAUGUGGUUGGUUGGCUGGCUGGUUUAUAAUCUCACCAUGACAUCAUGUGAAGUGUGUGGUUUAAAAAUGUGUUUAUAACAGUAUCCCCUAUAUGCAAAACCAAAUCAAUCAACCCAUGGAAACGAAUGUAACUCAGAAUGUGUAAGUCUCCGCUCACUUUCAAGGCGUUUGCUUCUCUUCACCUGUCAUCUGUCCAGAAGGAAACGGCCAGACAUUGAAAUUGGCCAGUCUUGACUUCUCUAAACUGGCUUGUGCCUGAAGACCUGAAGCUGUGAACUUGUUUGUAAGUUUUCUAAAACUUGGUAAUAAAUUGUAAACUCUGUAUUAACGA